AUGCAGCUUCGCGCAUCCAUCCGUCCACCACGUGUGUUCGACAGCAGCACAGGCUCCUGGCAGAACGCAUCCAGCGAACCGGACGACGACUUCGAACCUUCAGCGGAAUCCGACUCAGACCGCGCGUCUCAAGUCGACGGCGACACAGCUACUGAACUUCAACACGGCACCGCUGACUCACAUAACUACACGAAUCCUCCUCGCCCACCAAGAGGCCGACCGAGAGUCCGACUUCUGAACGCUGAUUCUGCGGCAGCGUCAUUCCGUCGCGCAUCAUCGCGCCGCCACCCGACCUCAUCAACUUCACAGCUCUUUACAUCUGCCGAACCCUCCUUCCUGAACGACGAUCCAGCCAUGGCGAUUGAUCGCGCGAACGGCCGCGCUGACCUUCGCCGCACCGCUGCCCACAACAGGACGACGAGGAGAAACCACAACCGGAGCUCUACUCCUCGCAAUACGCCACCACGAUUAACUGAAGCUUUCCCAUCAUUGCAAAUGGAUGAGCCUCGUCUUGGGCCCCAAACGGUGGAAGGCUCGCACGGUAUUGAGAGAUUGGUGUGGGAGCGCAGCAGUGGACAGACUAAUAAAUGGAGAGAAUCGUUCGCAAGCGUAGGCACCAGCGACGACAGCGACGAUAAUGGCCAUCUGGACAUGGAAGACUCCGAUCUUGAAGAGCAACCGAAGAUUGCCUUCGCCAGCCUCUGGCCUAGCCUACGAUGGGAGAUAAUCACUCAAAUAAUUCAAGAGGGCCAGCAAACGUACAUUUCCUCUACUCAUGCCGUUCAAGCCAUUCUCAACCUCGAGCUCGAAGACAUCGACCGAUUUCGGGUUGAGGCCUUGGAGCUGGGUGACGAUACCAUACCUCCUCACAUUACCAAAUGGAAGCUUGACCAUCCGAAUGAACCAAUCGACCCUGAGGAAGCCCCGCCGGGCGAACUGAAAAGGGCAUACAACUUCCUAAAUCAGGAGAAGCUGCCCUUCAGUCUGCUGGGGCUGUUGGGCGUCGAGGAUGGCGAUUCCACUGGUGAGGCGACUGUGCUGCGUCAAGGAGAUGAGGACGAUGAAUCUACAGGGCAUGGUAUGGCUGCAGAUAGGGGCACCGAUUCCUCGCAGCCGCCUACUUCACAACCCAGGGAGGCUCGAAGGGACUCGGGCUUCGGGGAUGAUGAUCACAACGAGCGAAACGCGCCUGCAGCAUUAGAAUCCAUGGGAGAGCAGCCGCAUCCAAAAAAUGGCAAUAUCAAAAACAAGAAGUCCGAAGCACCGGGCUUCACUAGGGCCCAGCCACUUCCGAAGGAUGAAAAGACCAAGGAGAACAGGCUUGGAGCAGAGCAAUUCGAAGCAGCUCAAUCUCGUCUUGCAUUAUCCAAUGAUACGCCGACUUCUGCGUUGCAGGAACCGAGCAAGCUAUGCCAGAGCAUUGCUACUACGCUCGCUUCCACACCCAGCCUAAAUCAAGCGCCACAACACCUGAACCAAACUCACGAUCCUGCUGGAUUGGGCCAGCCAUCUCCAAGAGCCUUGGAUUUCCCACCCAAUCCACCAUCGGCUUCCAACAAUCACACAUCCCCUAGUGCGCAGUUAUCGUACCCGCAGAAUCAGCCGUUCCGCGCUCCUCCUGCUGUAAUGGUUUCACCUCAAUCAGCUUUGUUCAACCGUCGACGACCAGAUUCUACUCCACCGAAAGCACUCGAUUUGAAUAACCGUAAGGUUUCUCCUCGUGUGUGUACCGCUAUCAUGAACCACAUCUACAGUCUCUAUCCGGGCAUCCCUGAAGCUAAAGCACAGCAAUACGUCGAUAAGAUUAUUGCGUCUAGGAAAGCCUUCAAUGUCAAUCCUCCCUAUCUGCCAAAGAUUGAAUACCCCAGCAAUCCUCACGCGAUGGAUCAGCACCGACGAAAUAUGGAAACUACGCCAGCUCCCUUGAAUGGAAUAAGUGCGUCUUCCUUGUUGUCACCUUAUGCUCGUGAUCCGCAAGUCAUUCAGAAACUACUUGCGCAGCAACGGAAAGCCCAUGACCCUCAUUCCUCUCUUGAUGGACAGACCCAAAAUCCUCCUCCUGGCCACAGUCCGCACCCAACCCAAGUUAUUUCUCAGCAGCAACGAGCGCCUAAUGAUACUCAAAACUUUCCUAACGGUCACGCUUUGGGUGUCUCUCCUCAAAGCGAUCCACAAUUUGGUCUUCUGUUGCAGCAACAAUGGAGGUCUAGCGAUACUCAGAAUCCUCGUAACACUCACUUCUCGGCUUCUCUUGAGGUCGUGGACCAGAGCCUUGCGUCCUUGUCUCAGCACCACCAGAGACCAAGUAAUGCUCCCAACAUUCCUGGUAGUCACCCGUUUGAUUCUCCUCGAGAGGUCGAUUCAAGACUUUCUACCCGUGCAUUGGCUCAGUAUCAACAGAGGCUUAGCAACGCUCAAACCCCUUCUGAUGACCGCCUUUCGGGUUCUCUUCAACAGAUCGACCCAAGAUUGGUCUCUCUGUCUCAGCAACAACGGGGACCUAGCAACGCUCCAAACGUUCGUAAUAAUCACCCAUUCAGCUUUCCGCAGGCAAUCGAUCCAAAAUUUGCUGCUGUAUUGGCUCAGCAUCAACAAAGGCUUAGCGAGCCACAUAAUCUUCUUAGCAGUCACUCUGUAGUUUCCCCUCAGAAACUGGAUCCAAGAUUUGCUUCUAUGUCUCACCAACAACGAAGGUCUAGUAGCAACACUCAAAAUCUUCCUACUGGUUCCCCGUUCAAUUUUCCGCCGAACAUGGAUCCAAGAACGGUGGCUCUUGCAGUCGCCCAGCAUGAACAGAGGCUCAAUAAUGCUCGAGCUGCUCCCGAAGGGGAGCAAGUACCUGUCUACGAGGCGAACCCCAAAUCUGCUCAGACAUUAUCCCAGAUCCAACAGAAGUCUGUCAACAUGCAUGCUUCUCCUAAUACACAGUUCAUAUAUCUUCCUGUUGGCAAUGGGGAAGGUUUCUCACAUCGCUUAACUUCCUAUCAAGGGGUAGUUGGCAAUGCCCGAACCUUUUCUGAUCUCGAGCUCAAGAAUUUCUCUCUUGGCGAUGAUCCUGCACUUGCUCGAGCUAUAGCUCAGCACCAGCAGAAUCUCAACAACGCCGCGCCUCUUCCUAACGGACAGCCUCGAAUUUCUCCUACUUCUCUCAAGUCAGGUUCCGCACAGAUGGCCUUAGCCGAACAGCGAUUUGCUACCGCCACACCAACAGUUCAGAGAGUACAAAUCACAUCAAAUAGUCAAAGAGCUUAUGCCACGCCAACUACUCAAGAUACUCAUAGAGUUCAAGCCACGCCCGGUAGUCAAAGCUUUCAAGCCUCUCUCACACCAGCAGCUCCAUCUCUUCAUAGACCUACACCCCCGCUUAGUAUGCAAUCUGCCCCUCAAGGCGAACCAAGACCAGGGCAGGUCUGGAUAAGCAAUCCAAUGCAGACCCAACGUCCAGCGACUCCGCAUCACCAACGCAACGCAUCUAGCAGUUCUUCAAGUGGUCAUUCGGGUAGUGGUACAUCUGGUACCGGCAGUAGCCCCGAAGGUUCUAACAAGCGGUCUAAGAAAGAGAAGAAAGAGAGCCCUAGUGCAAUGAAGAAGAGAUUGGAGAUGGAAAAGAAGAUCUCAGAUGCAUGGCUCCUACGCGAAAUGCAAAAGCAGCAGACUAGCGAGUCAAACAUAGACCCAGCACUUCGGGACCAGAAUGGUAUUGCUGGACGGAUGUCUAGCGUUGGACCCGCUGGCAAGCAUGUGCCAUCAUCAAGCAAUCCAUACCAGCAGUAUCCGCAUCAUGCCCCUCAAAACUCAUACUAUUUCGUUCGAGAGGCUCCAGUUUCCCCGUCACCAGUACGCCCACAACCGUCUUUCCCUGCAAACAUGGCAAUGAUGGGCCUUGAACCGAGAUUGCCACCCUAUGCAGUCAGUGUUGGAGAAAAGAGAAAAAGAGAUGAGAACGGAGGCGAUCUGUGAGUAUUAUCUUUGGCUGUCUGCACGGUGCUACUAGCGCCCUAUUGUCUAGCAAGAGAGAGACCCAUGUUGGAAUACUCUAGCACCACCUUCUUGUACUGGAGCAGGCCUGAGUGUAUACUGAUUUUAUUUUUGAAUUGCUUUUGGCGGUGCAGGAGCGAUUAUAAAUUGUGCGUUCUGGAUGUUAAAUCAUUCAUCUCGGCCUUUUGGCUCAAAUGAUUGGAUUUCGAGACUUCAUAGUACUCCUAGCCUAAAAAAUUAACUCUAUCGUUGUAAGAAGAUACGUAUCAUCACUC